AUGGCACAAUACGAAUUUGAGAACACGACCAAAGAUAAUUCGACAACCACAUCAACCUCAUUGGAUAAAAAUGAUGGAGCAGAGCUUACACAUAAUCAGUCUAGCUCGAGCUCGCUAGAUGAUCCUGCUGUUAUGGAAAGUUACAGUCCAGGCUCAUCGAAUUCAAGCCCGAUGUCCUUGCAUGAACCUCUGAAAUCCCCGCGUUUGACAAUUUCACAUUUACACAACAACAGCAUACCUUCGUCAACCAACUAUAUCGAUUUUGUAAUGUAUUCAGACUCUGACGACAUUGCUUCUCAAAGCUCGUUGGAUUUGCAAAAUGAUGAAUCCAAAUCAAGGCGAGAUAUUCAGAAUCAGUUGAAAAAAUUAGCAAGAAGUCACAGUUCCGAUGAAGAUGAGGACAUAGAUGAAGAUGAAAUCAAUGUGAUCAAUAUAAACAAAGAAGAGUCUCAGAAUGACAGCACCUCAAACAAAGGCUCAAAUUCUGCAGUGCACUUGAAACCUACGUUUGCAGUUGAUGAAACCCCCAAGCGCAAGAGGAGCUCGACGUCGUCGCGAAACUCCUCACCAUUACGAAGGGCUAUUUCACCGAGCCCUGACGAAACUCCUAGCAAACGUGCAAGCAAGCUGCGCUCGAAAAUACGAAGGAGGCUGAAGGAGCCAAGUGAAAAAUCUCAUAAAUCAUUAGACAAAUCCGGGACCGGCUACACAUCAAUGCCUCCAUCUGGUAAAGUUUUCAGAAACAUGUUAAUUUUGGAAGAAAGCUUGAGAGAGCAAGUGAUCCAACAAAGAGCAAUGCGAAGAAAGUACUUGAUCUUCUUGGCAUUAUUGUGUUCAAUUAUUUCCGGUUUGGCUCAUCAUUUGUUCAUUUUAGAUGCUUCUGUUUCAUCAACGGGGACCACAAGAUUGAUUUUGAAGUUCUUUUUGAUCUCAACUGUAAUUACCUUAUUGUUGUACCAUUUAUCAGGAGAGUAUCAAAAGACAAUUGUCCUUCCUAGAAAGUUCCUUUCUUCGACUAACAAGGGUUUGAGACAAUUGAAUGUUCGAUUGGUAAAGAUCAAGACACCACUUGCCGACAAGAUAACCGACUUGAUACGAGAGUUGUCCCUUUUUGUGGUUAACUUUGGUUUGGAAUUUUUCCACAAGAUUUCUCCCAGUUCCAUUCAAAAUAAGGACUCAAAAAUUGAAGUUUUUCUCGUCACUUGUCAAUCGCAAUGUCAACCUCGUAUAGGUGUUACAGACGUAAAAUUAUUGUUGAAUGCAAGGGUGUUUAAUGUUGAUAUAAGAGAGGGCUGGGAGAUAUAUCGAAGUGAGUUUUGGAUUAACGAGGGUGUGAGAAGAAGGAAUAAUUUGUUAUCGUUUAUAAAUGGAGCCAAAUUGGAAAAGAAGCAACAGUUAAAGAAGCGAAAGAGGACAAGUUCAACACCGACACAUUCGGUACCCUCCAAGUUGAGUGAAGAGAAUUUACUAAAACUUGGCUCAUCUACGAAAUGA